AUGGCGUUCAAGCAGCCCCCCCCCAAGAGAUUGGUCAUCUGUUGCGAUGGUACCUGGCUUAAUUCCUCCUCGGGCAGCGUAGUUUCCCUCGACCCGCGAAAAACCAUGGCCGUGGAGCUCACAGGGAAAGUCUCACUUCAGACGCCCUCGAAUGUCACGAGGAUUGGACGAUGCAUCGAGCCUCCUUCACGACCAAUACAACAGAUAACCUACUACCAAGCUGGUCUCGGAUCCCGGAACCUUCAAGACAAGAUACUCGGAGGCGCGGUUGGAUAUGGCCUCGCCGAACAUAUUCGCGAAGCAUACCAAUUCAUCGCCAUGAACUACGACACCCUAGCCUACGACGCCAACGGCGGUGGUGUCACUGGUGAUGAGAUCUAUCUGAUUGGAUUCUCUCGUGGUGCAUUUACGGCACGGUCAAUCGCCUCGUUCAUUAAUGACGUGGGACUCUUAACGAAGAUUGGGUUAGGGCAUUUCUACCCUAUAUUCGCAGACUGGGAAAAUCAACAAAAGAAGGACUGGAAGGUGCCGUUCAAAUAUGAUCCGUUCGUCGGGCAUGAUAAGCCGGAGUAUAGCCUAUUUGAUGUAGCUGGAAAGAAGAGGUACGUGGAAAAACUGGUGAAGUUGGGGAUGACGACACCGAAUGUAAAGAUUAAGGCGGUUGCGGUAUGGGAUACUGUGGGCUCCCUUGGUCUCCCUCGCUUAGGGAUUUUCAACACCCUACACCACGAAUCUAUCGACUAUGCCUUCGUGGACACAGAAGUUCCUCCAGCUGUCACCCACGCCAUCCACGCCAUUUCCCUCGACGAAGACCGCAAGUCAUUCAUGCCCACCAUCUGGGAGCUUCCCAACCCUGUACCCGGCCAAUCUCUUAACCAAGUCUGGUUUGCCGGUUCGCACUCUGACGUCGGUGGCUCCUACGAUGACACGAGGGCUGCAGAUAUCACUCUCGCUUGGAUGAUCAGCCAAUUGGCAACCCUCGGCCUCAAAUUUAACAAAGAAGUUAUGAAAAAACAAUUCUACAAGCCCAUAGGGAAUGAACCUGAGCUCCCGUGGAGUUGUGGCCCCCUCCAUAAUGAGUUCAAGGGAAUGUAUGUCCUUACGGACAAGCUUAUUCGGUCGCCGAUGUCGUACUUGCGCCAUGACCACUAUACCGGAGCGCCGAGGGUACCACAUGAAGUUCUGGUCAACACGCAGGAGAAAGUGCAUUCUUCGGUUCGUAUCCGUUGGGGCCUGAGGGGGAAGAAUUACGAAGGGAAAGAUUAUGUGAGUGCUGCGCUCAAUGGCUGGACAGUUGAAGGAACGGCGACGGAUGCUGCGGUUGAUGAAGGAAAUAUAGAUGCGAAGACGAUCCGGGAUGAACAGGCCGGGAUUGUGUGGAAGAAAGGGGAGAAAAUCAUGAAAGAGGAGCUGCUUAGUGACUUGGAAUGGGAGUUACUGAAGACAGUCAGACUGGGUGUUGGGAUGAAGUUUGUGACGAUUACUCCGUAG